CAUGUGGAUCGAUAUUGACCUAAACUUGUACUAAAAAUACGAAAUGUAUGUACGUAGGUCAUUCGACGAACCCUCGGUUCAUCCCGAAGACGUGGGUGUUCUCGAGGCUGAAGUAACCUUCAGUCUUAUGGAAUCUUCUUCCCAGCGUGGGAAAAGAAAACUUGUAUCCAGCAACGGAUUUACGUAUGUGCACAAGCGGUUUAACCCAACGAAACAGACGACAAUUUGGCGUUGCAGCGUAAGGAACAAGAAAUCGACAUGUCCCGCGAUAGUAGUGCAAUGCGGACACUCUUUCGUCUCGAACGAAUGUGAUCAUUCCCACCAGGCUAAACCAGGCAUAGACAAGGGUCUCGUCAUCACCACCAAGGUUAACGCCGAGUCUGAUAAAAACAUGUUCGAAUCCGCUGGAUCCAUUGUUGAGAAGAUUUUGCGUGAAGAAGCAGAUGACCGCCUUCCCGAAGCGUCCAGGCCUGAUUAUACCAACCUCUUAAGGAAUUGCAACAGGCGACGCCAACGCCCCAAAGAUCCCACAGACAUGGACUUUGAGCUCGACAUGGCGUUCAUCAACGAGAAGAUCUCGUCGUCUUUCUUCCGGGCCGAGGUCCGCAACGGCGAAAGACGACAUCUUAUAUUCGCCACAGACCAGCAACUUCAACUGUUGAAGAAAGCAAAGACAUGGUACAUUGACGGGACGUUUAAGGUGGUCCGACAACGCUUUUACCAGUUGCUUUCCAUUCAUUCUUUCGUAAGGUCCGGUGACGACAUGAAGCAGCUUCCGUUACUGUUUGCGGUGAUGGCCGGAAAAACCAGUGAAGACUACACACAGGUAAUUGUAUUACCCUUACAGUUCGUACCCUUACGGAUAUUUACAUAUGCUUAA